AUGCCAAAGCAGAAGAAUUGGCGUGUCGAUUUUGUCCAGAGGCCGGUCAUGCUGCUCAAUGAGAUUAAUUGGCCAUACUUCAACUUGAUCAUUUUCAGUCAAUUUGAGCAGCUUGUACCUGAGCUUGGGACAUCCACUGCUGCCCAUGACUGGCCCAAGAAUGGAGGCAAGUCACACAUGCUGCGAUCCACAGCUCAACUGGCUCCGGCACCACAUUCUCCGGAACGUUUCUUUGACCUCAUUGUGCGUGCUGAGUUCAACAGGAAUACCGCUACCCUGACGAUCUAUGCGGACAAGCUAGCAAGCAUAUUAACAUCUAAUAGGCCGGGAAGCCCAGAUAUCAUCCAGUUCCUGUCUAAGUACAACAUGGCAACAGCCCGGAACAACGAGUUAAGCAUGGAAUCAUUGGUCAUACGAGAUGACAUGGGCGCAACGCUCGAGUCACUUCCCAAUGAGGUCAUCGGAGAGAUACUCGACAAACUGACUCUUGACCACGAAACUGUCUACCAAGUCUUUGCAGGUUCCAAGACCUUGGCUUCUGCUCAGGCUAGUCUCGGUGAACUGCGAAACUUCUCCAUGACGUCCCAACGGAUGGGUGCAAUUGCGCGGCCUCACCUCUACCGAGUUAUCGUAAUUCCUGCUCCGAACAAACUCACCUGUCUCCACCGGUCUCUAGUAGCGGAUCCCACACUGGGCAAUUAUAUCAACUCGCUUGCUGUACUCCGGCAUUACGAUCUAUCCAAGCCUGAAGAACCGAGUUGGCUAGCCAGCGGUCGCCCGACACGAGCCAUGUCGCUGAGCGAAUUCUCCCGGACGUUUGUGGCCAUACUCAAGAACACGCCUCGCCUCAUCACACUGUCUCUGGUCCGGGUCCUUGGUACGAAGUCAUUGGAAGAGGCGUACCCAUUCGAUCAACUGGUGGACUCUAUGGCGCAGGAAAUCAGCAUUGCAAAAAACGCUAGCAACGAUCGAGAAUUCUUGCCCAUGGUGAAGAUAUUAGGGAUUUUGCGUUCCCGUGGUGAGACUUUGGGAGACAGCCUUCGUCGAGAGCAUGAAAUCUUCAAGGAUCUACUCAACUUGCCCAAUCUGGAACACAUUUUUGUCAUACGAGAUCCGGACGCUUUUGGUGCGGGAGUAAUCGAAAAUCACGUCGACUUUCUUGGAGACCGGUGGAGCCAUUGCACGUGGUUUUCACCGUCAUUACCGUACAACUUAAGCAAGGUUCCGAUGUUGGAGACCCUCAGGAUACCAUUGCGAUACUUCCAGGACAGCGAGAAAAAGCCAGGGUGUAUGUUCUCUCCAGAAUUGGUGCUUCCAGCGUCCCUGAAAAAACUGGAACUAUACGCUGAUCUAAGACUCGAUGCUCCAUGGCAUGUGGGUGUCGAAGGAGCAGAUGUAGGGCAGGUGAUCGACGAAAAUCCCGGAGAAAAAUUUGAGCCUGUUUCCUGGACCAUUGGGUUUCUAGAGGAUGUUUAUCAGCUGAUCCCCAGCCACUUCCCGGGCCUGGUAGACGUGGUUCUCGAACACGCAUCAAAUCCCGUCGAUCGCGAUGAUGUAAAGUUUGAGGCCCUCAAAAACUCGUUCGCGAGCAAAGGAAUCCGAUUUCGAACAAUUUGCACGCAAGAGCUUUGGUUCAAGCCAUAUUGGUACUGGCACACUGCACAAAAUUCACAACAACAGCAGGCCAUAGAUGGAUAG